AUGCGUUCCUUCUCUGGUUGUCAAACAUGCAGGCGAAGGAAAUUGAAGUGCGACGAGGUCAAGCCCAUCUGCGGGCCCUGUCGCAGGGGUUCUCGGGAAUGUUGCUACUCUCAGAGGUCGAUAUUUCGGCACUUUGAGACAUCCCCGAGAGACAAGAGCAAAGACGGGGGCUUCUCACAACGCCAAGAGCAACACGUCUUCCAGGAUGACCAUGUAUGGCUUCAUGUGCCAGCUGAGCGUGAGUUUCUUCGGUUUAUACAUGUCAAAGACCCUUACACACACCAAGACGAUCCUGUCCUGCGGCUUGGAGGCGCUCAGGAAGAGGAACGGGAAUCGAUUCAGAUUCUUGACUUUCCUGGAGCCAUUCUUGACUCACCUGUAGGAGAAAGCAUCUUGACCCCAGCAGACGAACCUCAAGAUUAUCCUGAACACCCACAAACACCUGAUAUCGAUGAGCCGGCAUCAACAUCAAACUUGACGGCAUUGCAUUUGCUAAGACAUUUCAAGCAAGGUCCUGGUCAAUGGAUGGACAUAUUUGACACUGGGUCCUACUUCUCUUGCAAAGUCCCGGUCAUAGCAGCCACAAAGCCCCUGCUGAAAUCAGCAGUCUGCGCAGUCUCAGCCAAACAUCUCGACCGCCUCUCUCGAGCAGAGGCUUUUUCCGAAAGCAGUUUCCAUGCAUCCCGUUACGCUGUUGACUGGCACUAUCAGUCUGCAAAGCAUUAUGGCGAAGCUAUUAACCACCUAAAAAAUGCGGUUGACUUGCGAGCAUACGAGAAUGAUUUGAGCGAUAAAGAGGACAUGCUUGCUGCUGUGGCAAUACUCUGUAUUUAUGAACUCAUGGAUGCUCCCGAUACAGCCUGGCGAGCACACCUCAAGGCAUUACCGCUGUUUGAUCCCAAAUCAGAUCCUUUCGCUGCCCCGUCAUCGCCGGUAGUAAUCCCUCGGACGGCGAUCCAAGGCCCCAUCUUUUGGAGUCUGGCAAGACAAGACUUGCUUUGCGCGUUUAUCAGCGAAACACAGACUCGUCUUGAUCUAAAAGACAUGCGGCUUUGGCAGAAUGCAGGUCUCGCCACAAAUGAAAAUGGCUCUCUAAUGCCAUUCAGUCCUCCCGGCUCAGCAGACGUUCGCACCUCGGCUGACAUUGAGGAAGACACAAAGAGCAACGAGUUAACAUGGCUCCUGGGCAAGAUAUCGAACUACCUUACGUCCGGUGAUGCCAUCAACCCCACGGACUACGCUCUGCCUCAUGGGCAGCGUCCUCUAGUCGGAGUUACCCAGGAGCGGCUUCUUAAGCGAUGGAAACUGUUGAUGGCAGAGUUGCAGAAGUGGUACAAUAGCCUCCCCUCGACCUUUCAACCGAGUGCCAGGACAGCAUAUUUAGGAAGUGAGGAGGCAUGCUUCACCAACUUUGAACAAAUAUGGUACGAAUUACCAAUCUGCGCCGCAACAAUGCAAAACUACCACAUGGCCAUGAUUCUUUUGCUGGUCAACAGACCCCAGGAGUCAACAGCCAUACGUUCCACAGUCUCCGCCCGCCUCAACUCUUACAGGCAGAUCCAGGCCAAAGUACACGAUCACGCCAGAGAGAUAUGCGGCAUCAGUUUGGCAAAUCCUACGGAUCCCAUGAGGAUUAAUUCAGUGCAGGCCCUGUUUGUCGCGGGGCAGGUGUUUUUUGAGAGGUGUGAGCAAGAGGCUGUUUUGAAGCUGCUUGAGGGGAUACAGAGGGAUCUUGGGUGGACUACUAGUUUUCAUACUGCCAAGCUUGUUGAUGAAUGGCCAAAGGGGUGA